CCUUAUCACGCCCCGGGCCUCCUCCAUAUCUCUUCUCAAUUCUUACUCUUCUUCUUCUCUGUUCUCGGUUCUGCUCAAAUGGCUUUAAUGGUGGAGUCAUCAUCUUCAUCAAAUCUCUGAACUCUCUCAGAGACCUGAACAGUUGAACUCAAUCCUCAGCUAGCGUCAUAUAGCUAUUCUUCUUUACUUUAUUGAGAGUUGCAGCUCAAUCGUGUGUGAAGAAGAAAAUGGCACCAAGAAGCAAUAGUCGGGGAAAGACGAAGGGAGAGAAGAAGAAGAAAGAGGAGAAAGUGCUUCCUGUGGCUGUGGACAUCACUGUGAAGCUUCCAGACGAGUCUCGUAUUAUCUUGAAGGGAAUAUCAACGGACAGGAUUAUCGAUGUUCGUCGGCUUUUGUCUGUGAAUACAGUCACUUGCAAUGUCACCAACUUUUCGUUAUCUCAUGAGGUACGAGGGCCGCGAUUGAAAGACACGGUGGACGUGGCUGCGCUAAAACCGUGCGUUCUAACAUUGGUCGAAGAGGACUACGACGACGAUGGUGCGGUGGCGCACAUUCGACGGUUGCUGGACAUUGUGGCCUGUACGACCUGCUUCGGUCCGUCGGGAAUUAAAGAGACUGCAGCAGUCGCCGCAGGGAAGGAUUGCAGUUGCGAUGCUGGGAAGUUUGCAGGGGUUGGUGGCGGCGGUGGUGGUGGCCAUGGCCAUGACAAUAAGACGCCAAAGCAAUCCACCAAAUCCCAGACAAAUCCCUCCUCUCCGUCUCUGUCUCCGUUUCCGUCUCUGUCUCCGUCUCCGACUCUUACUUCUUCUUCUUCAUCGAAAGAUAUCUCCAUUGACGGUGAGGGAGAUAUCAGUGGUGCCUGCCCGAAGCUCGGUACCUUCUAUGAGUUCUUCUCGCUUUCCCAUCUCACACCUCCGAUUCAAUUUAUAAGGAGGGUGACAAGACAGCAGAUCGAUGAGAUUUUACCACACAAUCCUCUUUUCUCAAUUGAAGUGAAGCUCUCCAAUGGGAAGCCGCUUAUUGUUGAAGUUUGCAGCAAAGGAUUCUAUAGUGUAGGAAAACAGCGGGUCCUGAGCCACAGCGUUGUUGAUUUAUUACGGCAGCUUAGUAGAGCAUUUGAUAAUGCUUAUGAUGAUCUCAUGAAAGCAUUCUUGGAACGCAACAAGUUCGGAAAUCUCCCUUAUGGCUUCCGUGCCAACACAUGGCUCGUUCCUCCAGUUGCAGCACUGUCGCCGUCAGUUUUUCCUCCCCUCCCAGUGGAGGAUAAAACAUGCGGGGGCAAUGGAGGUGGUUUAGGAAGAGAUGGAAAAAGUGACUUGAUUAGUUGGGCCCAUGAACUUUCAUUUCUUGCAUCUAUGCCUUGCAAAACAGCAGAGGAGAGACAGGUCCGGGAUAGGAAAGCUUUCCUCCUUCACAGCCUCUUUGUAGAUGUAGCAAUUUUCAAAGCAAUUUCAUCCAUAACAAGGGUAAUGGAAGAACUGGAUCCAACCACUGUGGUUGGAAAAGAUAAUAUUUGUUACAGUCAAAGAGUGGGGGACCUAACCAUCACUGUGAAGAAAGACAGUUGUGAUGCUAGUUUGAAGCUAGAUACUAAGAUUGAUGGAAAUCAAACAAUAGGAGUGGACCUCAAGCGUCUGAUUGAGAGAAACCUAUUGAAAGGGAUUACUGCAGAUGAAAAUACUGCAGCCCAUGACAUUGCCACUCUGGGUGUUGUCAGUGUAAGAUACUGUGGUUAUAUUGCAGUUGUGAAAGUUGACAAGAUUGAGAUUAAUGAAGUGGGUCCAUUUCAAAGCAUUGAAACCAUUGAUCAACUGGAAGGAGGCGCCAAUGCCCUCAAUAUUAACAGUUUGAGGUUGCUUCUUCAGAAAGAGCCUACUUCAGAACAUAAUCGAACAUUGCCACGUUCACAAAAUUUGGAACUUGAAGAGCUCAUUGCUGCCCAAUCUUUUGUGAAGAGAGUGUUAGAAGAGAGUCUUGACAAACUUCAGGAAGAGGAAGUAGAAAGAGACAUUUUCCUGAGAUGGGAACUUGGAGCUUGCUGGAUACAACAUUUGCAAGAUCAAAACAAGGCAGAAAAGGAUAAGAAAUCAUCCAGUGAUAAAGCUAAAAGUGAAGCAAAGGUUGAGGGAUUGGGCAAGCCCCUUAAGCUCCUUAAGAACCACAGGAGGAAAUCAGAUGAGAGCAAACAGAAGAUGCAAUCUGAGGAUGGCAAACCUCCAGUGGAGGGUGCUUCUGCAGAAGCUAAAGAUGCUCAGUUGGCCUCUGCAGAAUCUCAUGUUGAAAGCAAAGCUGAUGAGAAUGAGCUUGCAUUGAAGGGGAUGCUCUCCAAUUCAGCUUUUACACGGUUAAAAGAAUCAGGAACCGGACUUCAUCGCAAGUCUUUACAAGAACUAAUUGAGAUGUCUCAGAAAUAUUAUGAUGAAGUAGCUCUUCCAAAGCUGGUUGCAGACUUUGGCUCACUGGAACUUUCACCAGUUGAUGGUCGGACGUUGACUGAUUUUAUGCAUACUAGAGGUCUUCGGAUGUGCUCACUGGGGAGUGUUGUUAAGCUUUCAGAAAAUUUAUCGCAUGUGCAGUCACUCUGUGUUCAUGAGAUGAUAGUAAGAGCAUUCAAGCACCUUCUGCAGGCUGUGAUGGCUGCUGUCAUCAAUAUUGAGGACAUGGCUACUUCAAUAGCUGCCACACUAAACCUGAUGCUUGGGGUCCCAGAAAAUGGUGAAUCCUAUUGCUCGUAUAAUGUGCAUGCCCUUGUAUGGAGGUGGCUGGAGGUUUUCCUGAUGAAGAGAUACAAAUGGGAUAUAAGCAACUUAAACUACCGAGAUGUCCGGAAGUUUGCCAUUCUACGAGGCGUAUGCCAUAAGGUGGGUGUUGAACUAGCUCCCAGGGAUUUUGAUAUGGAUUCUGCAAAUCCUUUCGGGAAAGUGGACAUUAUUAGCUUGGUGCCAGUGCAUAAGCAAGUUGCAUGCUCAUCCGCAGAUGGGCGACAACUGCUGGAGUCUUCAAAAACUGCUCUAGACAAGGGGAAGCUUGAAGAUGCUGUAAGCUAUGGGACAAAGGCUCUAGCAAAGCUAGUAGCAGUUUGUGGACCCUACCAUAGGAUGACAGCGGGAGCCUACAGUCUUCUGGCUGUAGUUCUCUAUCACACUGGAGACUUCAAUCAGGCCACCAUUUAUCAACAAAAAGCACUGGAUAUCAAUGAGAGGGAGCUAGGACUUGAUCAUCCUGAUACAAUGAAAAGUUAUGGGGAUCUUGCAGUAUUCUAUUACAGGCUUCAGCACACAGAGCUGGCUCUCAAGUAUGUAAAACGUGCACUGUAUCUUCUACAUCUUACUUGUGGCGCAUCUCAUCCAAACACUGCUGCUACAUACAUCAAUGUUGCAAUGAUGGAGGAAGGACUUGGAAAUGUCCAUGUUGCCCUUAGAUAUCUUCACAAAGCUCUGAAGUGUAAUAAAAGAUUACUGGGCCCAGACCAUAUUCAGACUGCAGCAAGUUACCAUGCGAUAGCUAUUGCACUCUCAUUGAUGGAAGCAUACCCUUUGAGUAUUCAGCAUGAGCAGACAACCUUGCAAAUUCUCCGAGCCAAGCUGGGCCCAGAUGAUCUGCGUACUCAGGAUGCUGCAGCUUGGCUUGAGUACUUUGAGUCUAAGGCUUUGGAACAGCAAGAAGCUGCUCGAAAUGGAACCCGUAGGCCUGAUACAUCCAUUGCUAGCAAAGGCCACUUGAGUGUAUCAGAUUUGCUUGAUUACAUCAAUCCUAAUCAAGAUGCCAAAGGAAGAGAUACUGAUGCGGUGAAGAGGAAAAGCCUUACUACAAAGGUUAAGGAAAUAUCUGCCCAAAAUUUUAGCUUAGAAAGUUCUGGAGGAUAUCUAGAAGAUUCAAACACAACUUCAGAUGAGGAGAAACAGGUCCCUGAACCUAUAAGUGAUGAAAAAGAGAGCCAGGAAACUAUUCUGGAAAUUCAAUCAGAGCAGAUUGUGGCAGAAGAUAUUGUAGAGGAGAAGCAGAAGAAUGUCAAUGAAGUACAAACAGAUAUGAAUGCUGAGGGAGAAGACGGAUGGCAACCUGUCCAAAGGCCACGAUCAUCUGGCUCAUAUAGUCACCGUUUAAGACAGAGAAGAACAAAUGUUGGCAGGGUAUAUAAUUAUCAGAAAAAGGAUGUAGUUGCUGAGACAGAUCAAUUUAGAGCGAAGAACACUUAUCAGAACAGCCGUUAUUACUUACUAAAGAAGCGAACCAUUACUCCCGGGAGCUACAUAGAUUAUCAUCCUGCAAAGAGCAACUCUCCAGCAACUAAAUUUGGUCGGAAAAUAGUCAAAGCUGUAACAUAUAGGGUUAAAUCAGUGCCUUCGUCUGCCAAAUCUGAAAUGACAGAGAAUUCUCUGAAUGGAGGUGAAGUAUCUGCUCCUCUGCUUGAAUCUCGGCCCUCUUCUGCACCAAAUGAAGUCACAUCGGUUCAUCAGAGCAAUUCAGUAGUUAGUCUUGGUAAGUCUCCUUCUUACAAGGAAGUAGCACUUGCCCCACCAGGCACCAUUGCUAAGAUGCAAGUCAUGAAGUCCCAAAGUAAUCUGCUAGUUAAUGAUGAGCUGAAUGUUGGAAAACAUGAAGAGGAAGAAAAUGAACUGAAGGAAAAGGUCACACCAAUGACAUUGGAGGUAGAAAAAACUGUGGAAGAGAAGACUGAGAGUUGCAUCCCAGAAACCAUAGAAGAGAAGACUAUGAGUUGCAUCCCAGAAACCAUGGAAGAGAUGACUGAGAGCUGCAUCCCAGAAACCAUGGAAGAGAAGACUGAGAGCUGCAUCCCAGAAACUGUGAUCCACUUAAACGAUGAAAUUAGAAUUGUUGAGAGGCAAGAAGAAACAAAACAGGAGGACAAAAUGGGAGAUAAAACUUCUGAGAAUGUAUAUCCAGUUACGAAAGGGUAUGCGUCAGACAUCAUUGAGGAUCGUGGACUGUUACAUGAGAGCAACCAAACUAAAAAUAGUGCAAGUUCCAGCAAUGACAGCAUCCAAACUGAUGAAACUGCAAGUUUCAGCGGUGCUCUAAAGGAAGAUCCUUGUGAAAAGGCUACAUCUAGCAUUGUCGAGCCUGAGGAUAAUUCUAGCUAUACAGUGCAAGGAGAGGAUCUGAAGGGGAAACUCUUGACUUUAAAUUCUGGUGACACACGAGACAUCCCCAACAAGAAGUUGUCUGCCUCAGCAGCCCCAUUCAACCCUUCUCCGACAGUUGUCUGUGGACCACCAAUGGCCAUGAACAUGAAUCUCCCCUCUGUUGCUGGUGCUGUACCAGCUGUCACUCCUUGGCCCAUGAACAUGACCAUUCACCCUGUGCGCCCCACUGUCCUCCAGACAGUGACUCCCAUGUGCUCCUCACCUCACCACCCAUAUCCGUCACCCCCUCUAACCCCAAACAUUAUACACCCUGUGCCAUUUAUGUACCCUCCUUAUAGUCAGCCGCAAGCAGUUCCAACCAGUACCUUUCCCAUGACUAGCGGCCCAUUUCAUCCUAAUCACAUCGCAUGGCAAUGCAAUAUGAAUCCAAAUGCAUCAGAGUUUGUUCCUGGCGCUGUGUGGCCUGGUUGCCAUCCAAUGGAAUUUUCUGUCUUGCCACCUGUUGUUGAGCCAAUUGCUGACCCUGUUUUGGAGCCAAAAAUGCAAUCCAAAAAUCUUGAGGCAAUGAUUUCAGCUUCAACUUUGCCAGUUGAGAGCAGGGAUGAGGAUGAAGCCAGCAAAAACAUGGGUAAUCUAGCAAGCGAGGUCAAAGAGAGUGGGAGCAAAGUAGCUGAAAUUGGAUUGGAAAAUAAGCAAGAAAAUGGUGAUUCAAGAUCUUGUAGAGGUGAAAUAGAUAAAAGUGAACCAAGUGAUGGCAGCGAUCUAAAUGAGAAGUUAGAAGACAGUGUUGAGAAACAUGUGUCAAGACACAGUCAAAGGAUUGAUGGGGAGGGCAGCUUCAGCAUUUUAAUUAGGGGGCGUAGAAACCGAAAACAGACACUGCGAAUGCCUAUAAGUUUGCUCAAUAGGCCAUAUGGAUCACAGUCCUUCAAAAUUAUUUAUAACAGAGUAGUCAGAGGGAGCGACACCCCCAAAUCUAGUGCCAUCUCUUCUAGUGAAGGUUGAAUACUAGAAAGUUGAUUACUUUAUUUAUCCUCAAUUCAAGAUACCAGAGUAUAUGGUUCUUGCUGAUUUGAUACUUGCAUGAUAUCGUACAUUGGCCAAGCAUGGGGAAUGAAUACAGAUGCCGACAGCAAUGAGCUGGUUGGUCCCUGUUCCACAGAUAGGUACUGUUGAAGAAGCAAAAUGAUUUUCUGUUUAAACAGGCUUACAGUAAUUUGUUUUGAAUUUUGGAGAGAUGUCUUAGAGCAAGAGCUUUUUGGUUUCCAUAGGACAUGUUUGGUGACUAAUUUUUUAUUUAAUUUUUGAUGAAUUUGAAUUAGGUUUGUCAGCAGGUAAUUGUCUUUGUUAUCAUAUAAAACAAGACCUGUUUCAUAUUGUUUACUUAUUGCAACAUUGUUGCCAAAACAAAUAAUGACAAAAUUUUGAAAUGUUCAAAUUAGUGAUUAACUGUUCAUCAGAAGAUUACCUA